GUGCCCGCGGCUUUGGACAUAUACUCCUACACCUUUUGACAUUCGUGCACGUCACGCGCCAUGCACUUCGUCGGUCAUUCGAAAUCCACUCCUAUUGCUCCCUUUCUUCCUUGCCACCUUGUUCCUCCAAAUUUCCAAAGCUUCACAUAGACCAUUUUACCCUUGCGUGCUGCACCUCCCACGCCAAGUUUAUUUUUCAUUGCAACCUGAAAGGAGAAACAACACACAAGUUUCUUCGUUUUCUGAUCUGCGUUCAUCGUUUCUCUUCUCUAUCCAUGACUUCUGCUACCUCUCAGCGAGUUCAGCUAGCUAGGCUCUGCAGCUCCAAGGACUGGUCUAGGGCCAUUCGAAUCCUCGAUUCGAUCGUUUCUCAGUCUGGUGCAAUCCAAGACAUUUGUAACAGAGCCUUCUGUUACAGCCAACUGGAGCUGCACAAGCACGUAAUCAAGGAUUGCGACCGAGCGCUUCAGCUUGACCCCGCGCGUCUUCAAGCUUACAUUCUCAAAGGUCGUGCGUUUUCUGCUUUGGGAAGGAGAGCAGAUGCUCUGUUAGUAUGGGAGCAAGGUUAUGAACACGCGCAGCAUCAGUCUGCGGAUUUGAAGCUGUUGCUAGAACUCGAAGAGCUUUUGACAACAGCAAAGCAAGGCAACAUUGCAUUGUCUGAAACCAAUGGAUCGCCCACGCCGCAAUCCGAAUCAAAUGCUAUGAGUAAUGGGAACUUGACUGAAUUUGGUGAGAAUCAAGAGAGGUUGAGUGCUCAAGCUGAAUUAUGUGACAAUACAAGUGAUAAAUCUGCAAUUUUGCCGAAGUCUGCUGAUGAUUUUGACCUAAGAAAUGAAUUUUGUAGUAAAGAUAGAGAGUCUAAUAAAUCUGACAGCCAAGUAAAUGGAAGCCCUGACGUUAUUGAUAAAUUGAGUUAUAAUUCUGAAUCGUGCAAUGACUCAAGUGAUACAUCAGAAUCAUGUGAUAGAGAUAAAGUAUUUACCAGUAGGGGUGAGUCUAGUAGUGAUUCGAGUGAAAUUGCUGAAAUUCUUAGAAAGCCAAUUAGUAAGUUUAUUUUUCCCCAUGAAAAAAAUGGCGAUGCAAGGAAAAAUAAGAAGUUCUGUGUUGCUCGGAUUUCAAGGACUAAGUCUAUAAGUGUAGAUUUUGGGCUCUCACGAGGAAUAGCGGAGGUUAAUGAAGGAAAAUAUGCUCAUGCCAUAACCAUUUUUGAUCAGAUUCUGAAAGAGGAACCGGCAUAUCCUGAAGCACUGAUAGGUAGAGGGACGGCAUAUGCAUUCAAGAGAGAACUUGAUGCUGCUAUUGAUGAUUUUUCAAAGGCCAUACAAAUCAAUCCAUCAGCGGGUGAGGCAUGGAAGAGGAGAGGUCAAGCUCGGGCAGCCUUGGGGGAGUUUGUUGAGGUGGGGUGGCUUACUCGAUCUUAGUAUUUGUAAAUUUUUUUGAAGUUUACCCAAUUCGCAUUGCUGAUUGGAAUUUAUUUAUUUAUUUUUUAACCUGGGUAUUUUAGUUAAUCAAUGCUUCAUGU